CUGAUAAUUUCUUUGUGCAAGGGGCAGGCGUUUUGUUGCUCCAUUACCCCCCCCCCCCCAGUGAGUUCUGAUGAAAGUGACAUUCAGACAUUCAGUUUAAUAAGGAAGUGCGUGGUGUAAGGAGGCGAUUACUGAAAAAAACGCAAGCCACAUUUUAUGGGCAGACUUCCUACCCAGCAAGUGCAAAAUGCCUGAUCACUCAGUGAGCAGACUGUGAGUAAGCGUGCAGGGAAAGAGCAGUCACUAUAGCAAUAGUAUCACUAGCCUAGGCUGUGGCGCUGCUCAUUAUACAUACACAUAGAGAGGGAGAGAUGUACUAAGGAGGGAAAAGGCUUAGAUAAGUGAUAGAGAGGUGACUGGUCCCAAGUUACUGGAUUUGUAUUUUGUGCUCAACUGCAUUCAACAUUCUACAUCAUGGAGUCUAAUAAGGGCAGAAUAACUUGCUCGCUGGUCUUUGCUGUUUGUGUGGCAGCCAUUGGCUCCCUGCAGUUUGGAUACAACACCGGGGUGAUCAAUGCGCCUGAGAAGAUCAUCAAGUCAUUUUAUAAUGGCACAUACGAGCACCGCUAUGGGAAGGAAAUCUCGGAAAGUCUCCUCACAUCCCUGUGGUCUUUAUCCGUGGCCAUCUUCUCUGUUGGGGGGAUGGUGGGCUCCCUCUCAGUGGGCUUCUUUGCAAACCGUUUCGGAAGGAGAAAUGCCAUGCUGCUUGUGAAUGUGGCUGCCAUAGUCGGAGGGGUUUUCAUGGGUUUCUCAAAACUGGCCUGGUCCCCAGAGAUGCUCAUCAUUGGACGUUUCAUUAUUGGGAUCUUCUGUGGGCUCUGUACUGGCCUGGUACCAAUGUAUAUUGGGGAACUGGCGCCCACCUCUCUUCGUGGAGCUCUGGGAACCCUGAAUCAGCUGGGCAUCGUGGUGGGGAUUUUGGUGGCACAGAUUUUUGGCCUAGAGUUUAUCCUUGGAUCUGAGACCCUUUGGCCUCUGCUGUUAGGCCUCACCGUUUUCCUGUCCAUCAUCCAAUGCGUGCUUCUACCCUUCUGUCCAGAAAGCCCUCGAUACCUGCUCAUUGUUAAGAAAGAAGAUGAAAAAGCUGAGAGGAUUCUUCGGAAACUGCGUGGCACUACAGACGUGGCCAGUGAUGUCCAAGAGAUGAAGGAUGAGAGUGCUAGGACGGCAGCAGAAAAAUCAGUGUCUAUCCUAGAAAUCUUCCGCUCCAGCCAGUACCGGCAGCCAAUAACAAUCGCCAUCAUCCUCCAACUUUCUCAGCAACUGUCUGGGAUCAAUGCUGUAUUCUAUUACUCCACCAGUAUAUUUGAGGAUGCGGGCGUUCCGAACCCUGUUUAUGCCACCAUUGGUGCAGGGGUGGUCAACACGGUGUUUACUGUUGUGUCGCUAUUAAUUGUGGAACGCGCCGGCCGCCGGACUCUCCAGCUUACUGGCCUUGGUGGAAUGGCUGUUGGUGCCUUAAUCAUGACCAUUGCUCUCAAGCUUAAGGAACAAGACCAGGCCUGGAGCUAUGUGAGCAUUGUGGCAAUCUAUUGCUUCGUAGCCCUCUUUGAAAUCGGCCCUGGGCCCAUUCCUUGGUUCAUUGUGGCGGAGCUCUUCAGUCAGGGUCCCAGGCCGGCAGCAAUGGCCAUAUCCGGCUGCUCUAACUGGACUGCAAAUUUCCUUGUGGGAAUGUUAUUCCCCUAUGCGGCAAAAGGAUGUGGUCCCUACGUCUUCCUCAUCUUUAUGGUUCUGCUCAUCUUGUUCUUCAUCUACACGUUCUUCAAGGUCCCUGAGACCAGAGGCCGCACAUUUGAGGACAUUGCCCAGGAAUUUGAGAUGCCAGAGAGGUCUAGAACAAAAAGCGACAGUGUGCAGAUGACAGGCAUGAAAACUUUAGAUGAAAAAGUAUAAGGGGGCCGAUGGUAAUCGACUGCCACCUCCCCCAGUCUCUGAUGUUGCCAUGUUUGCAAGGGUUGUGGCCUUCAGAAUUGUCACAAAAAGAACAAGACCCCCCCCCCAAUCAGAAGAAUAUUAGUAUAUUUAUGUGCAUCAGCUGACAUUCUGAGGGCCAGGAGAGUUUGUAUGUGUCUGACUAUUAGCAGUGGGAUUUAGGAACCAUCAGGGGACGGUGCCGUUGUGGAACGAUGAACAUCUUCAGGCUCUUCAUGGCAUGGCCUAGUAGCCCAGUCUAGUUCCAUGGGCAAUGCAGCACAGUGACACGUGGUGUCCCCCACACUCCAGAGACCCCCGACAGCCUUCAUUGCUAGUAUAUGAGACCUCUCUGUGAGACUGUUGAUAGGGCAGCGGCUGAGCAGUAUCACUAAGUCAGAGAGUGAGCGCAGAACUAGACUGUCAGGCUCAGGGCCCCUGAGUGAUUCCAACUAAAGAGCUGCUAUGGGACAGCACAGAUUUUUAAUAAUAAAGAUGGAUUUUUUUUUAUAAUAAAGGGAAUUUUUAUAAUAUAGUUUUUUUCUAAAUAUAAUUUUAUAUUUUAUAAAUAAUAAUAUUAAUAAUAAUAAAUAGCAACAACAGAGGGACAUCAUUGCCUUUAGCACAAUUUACUGUCUCACAAUUUACUGUCACAGCUAUUCCCAUUCCAUUAUUCCAUUCCAUUCCAGUCGCUUCCUCUGUUUGUGCUCCCCCCCUUUUAUGUUGGAAAAAUAAAACUUUAUUUAAA